UAUUGGUAAAAUUUAAAAUCGAGAAAUUCCAGGCAAAAGUGAGAAAACAGCAGACGCCGGUUCGUUGGAAGCAUGGUGCACGUUUUUGUUAGUUCAUCGGUUACGUAUUGUUUUGUUUAACAGUCGUAAAUGUGAUUAAUUUUUUCGACCAUAAUUUAUCAAGUUUGAGAGUGUCAUGGAAAGUUCAAGACGAAAGAGAUAUAAAACGUAUUUGGAGCCAGGCUCUAGAGAUCCGAUUCCCUCAUCUUCAAAAUAUAGAUAUCAAAAGCUCAACAAUAAACAGGUAAUAGAGCCACAUUCUAAAAUUGGAACAUCUAAUGAGCAAGAUGAUGCUGCAAUAAAUGUAGAAAUCCAUUUAGAAAAUGUGCAGAUGGAAGAGCAUGACUACCCCGAUGCUUCAAUGAUUCCGGAAACUGAAGAAGAAGAGACUUUUUCCACGGAAUUCGAAUCAUGCGUUAAAUCUAACAUGUCCACCUAUGAUGAUUGUGUAAAUAUGCAUGAUGUCAUUGUAUCUUUAGAAGAUGACCUGGAUGACAUUGAGACUAAUGUAUUGGAGUUUACUCAGAUUCAGAUGACACAUCAGGAAUAUGUCAUUAAGGGGAGGGACUGGUGAAAUUUCAGCCUACUGAAGUUAUUAUUGUUAAAAAGUGUCAAUUUUUUUUCUGGCAUAAUUUAGGAUCCAAAAUUAUUAUAAAUUAUUAAAAUUUAAAAAAAAAAUUUUUUAGCCAUUUUAGAAAAUUUAUUUUUUGGAAAAAUUAAAUUUCUUUAAAUUCCAUACGAUUGAUUGU